GGUAACAUGGCCAAACAGUGUGCGCUUCGGGGUGAUUUUUUAGUACUGGUAAUAUUCAUAUUGACAUCACAGCUGUUCGUUUUGCCUGUCUGUGCUCUGUCUUACUAGGGAAAAUUGUAUUAAUUUAUUCUGAAAGUACAAUCUUAUGUAGAAAGAAUUACUUUGUCGCCUUUCGAACACACUGAAAUACUAUGCCUCUUUUUGGUAAGUCUCAGAAGAGCCCAGCGGAGCUUGUGAGAUCUUUAAAAGAUGCAGUAACUGCAUUAGAACGAGGCGAUAAGAAAGCUGAGAAAGCUCAGGAAGAUGUGAGCAAAAAUUUGGUUCUGAUUAAAAAUAUGCUCUAUGGCACCUCGGAUGCAGAGCCACAAACAGAUAUCAUUGUAGCACAGUUAGCACAAGAACUUUAUAAUACAAAUCUGCUGUUGCUUCUAAUUCAGAACCUAAAUCGAAUCGAUUUCGAAGGCAAGAAAGAUGUGGCACAAGUAUUCAACAAUGUGUUGCGACGUCAAAUCGGCACUAGAUCACCAACAGUUGAGUACAUUUGCACCAAGCCAGAGAUACUCUUCACUUUGAUGUCUGGCUAUGAACAUCAGGAAAUAGCUUCAAACUGUGGAACCAUGCUCCGAGAGUGCGCUAGAUAUGAGGCACUGGCCAAGAUAAUGUUGUACUCGGACGAUUUUUAUAAUUUCUUCCGUUAUGUAGAAGUUUCCACUUUUGAUAUUGCCUCAGAUGCCUUUUCUACUUUUAAGGAAUUGCUAACGAGACACAAAAUGUUAUGUGCGGAGUUUCUAGAAGCAAACUACGACAAAGUAUUCAGCCAUUACCAGCGGCUGCUGAACUCUGAGAACUACGUCACUCGACGGCAAAGCCUCAAGCUGUUAGGGGAGCUGCUCCUCGACCGACAUAACUUCUCCAUCAUGACCAGAUACAUCACCAAUCCCGACAAUUUAAAACUUAUGAUGAACAUGUUAAAAGAGAAAUCCCGCAAUAUUCAGUUCGAGGCUUUCCACGUUUUUAAGGUAUUCGUAGCCAAUCCAAAUAAACCAAAACCAAUCCUGGAUAUUCUACUAAGGAACCAGGACAAGUUGGUAGACUUCCUCACCAAGUUCCACACAGAUCGCUCGGAGGACGAACAGUUCAACGACGAAAAGGCUUACCUUAUAAAACAAAUCAAAGAGCUCAAACCCGUGGAACACUAACGUUUAUUGCAUUUCAUUGUAUCGCCACUUCCUCCUCAACAAGAAGUUAGUUAUAGAUGCUAUUAUAUUUAAAUGCUUCUAAGUCACCAGAGGGUGUUGUGCGGCAAAGACAGAGUUCAGUAGAAACAUUGGAAUUCUAAAUGGAUUUUACAUUUGGUCUGUGAUGAGUCAGGGAUGAAAGUAUAUUUGUGCUACGAGCAAAUUAACAUUUUUAAUAAAGAUUUGUAGGUAUUAGUGUUACUUAUGGUUUGACUUAUAUCCUUUGUAAGUUGUUAAAACCAUUUUAGUUUUAUGACGUGUUUAGUGACAUCGCCGGAGUCACAAUCGAAAUAUAUUUUGUCACAUUGCCUACUAUCCCUAACUUUAGAGCUUUUUUCGAAGGAAAAAUAUCAAGAGUCCUAGAUCUAUAAUGAAGAUUUGUAUAUAUUCAUGUACAACAUUUUUAACAAAACUUUGUUCUAGUUUUUUUCUUUUGUAUUCCGAAUCACCAUCAGAAUUAUAUAUAUAUAUUACGUGAAGCAAAGUAUUUUUAAUAUAUAUCAGUAUUGGUAAUAUAGCAUUGUAUUAUUGAUACAUUGUGUCGUUUUUCAACUUUUGUUUUUGUAAUAUAUUUAGCAUUUGUUGCAUAGGUAAAUGCUUGGUAGUAAACUGAAACAGUAUCCAAAAUUCACUCGAUUACAUAUAUUGUUUAAAAUGUGUUAUAGACAUAAGUUGUCAAAAUUUUUGUACGUUAUGAUUUUUUGUCACAUCAUUAUUACAAUUAUAUUAUAUGGAAACCGAAUAAAAUAUUUAUAUCA